AUGGUUAAAGCUGUCGCGGAUUUGUACACGCUUUUCGACAAUUUUGUCGCCGCCACCGGCUUCAAGCAGAUCCUCCAAUCAUUCCACCUCAUCUGCACCGCACUUGAUCUCGACCCGACCGAUUCUCCUGUAAUCUAUGACAGUUUGCGGUCGAACAUCAAGGAUUGGCGUGCGCAGAAAUUAUGGCUGCUGCUCGACAAGAAAUACGAGGAGGCUGUGUACAUGCGGCAACGAGCCACCGAUAAAUUGGGGGUCUUGGUGAUCGGAGCAGGGCCCUGUGGCUUGAGGGCAGCGAUUGAAUGUGCGCUGCUUGGUUCUCGGGUCGUUGUUGUGGAACACCGUGAUAAAUUUAGUCGUAAUAACGUGCUCCAUCUAUGGGAAUUCGUCAUCCAAGAUUUAAAAUCGAUUGGCGCAAAAAUCUUCUAUCCGAAAUUCUGCACCGGCAGCAUCGAGCAUAUAAGUAUCAGACAGCUGCAGUGUAUCCUCCUCAAAGUAGCCCUAUGCUACGGCGUACAAAUUUUCGAAGGCGUCACCUAUAAGGACAUCCGCGUGCCCUCUUUACGACCUGAUGGGAGCUACUCCGGGUUCCGUGCUUAUUACGAACCAUCUGGGCAUCUACUCGACGAUUACGAGUUUGAUGUGCUUAUUGGCGCUGAUGGCAAGAGAAACACAGUUAAUGGGUUUCCGCGUGAGGAGAUGCGAGGCAAAGUGGCCAUCGGAAUCACAGCCAAUUUCGUCAACCGGAAGACGCACGCCGAGGAGCGCGUCCCAGAAAUAAGUGGUAUCGCCUACAUCUUCAACCAAACGUUUUUCAAGGAGAUGAAUGCAACAACCGGUGUUGAUUUGGAAAAUAUUGUGUACUACAAGGACGAAACGCAUUACUUUGUGAUGUGCGCGAAAAAGCAGAGCUUGCUGGAAAGUGGUGUGAUCUUGAAGGACAGCGAUGAUGUUGCCAAGCUCCUUUCCCCAGAGAACGUCGACCAAGACAUGCUUUGCAAGUAUGCCAGUUCGGCCGCGGAUUUUGCGACGAAGGGCCAACUGCCGAACCUCGAUUUUGCGGUCAACCAUAAGGGCCAGCCGGACAUUGCCAUGUUUGACUUCACUUCACUAUUUUCCAGUAAGUGCAGCGUGCGGUUGAUGGAGCGCCACGGCCGUUACCUUAUGCUGGGAAUUGUUGGCGACAGCCUGCACGAACCCUUCUGGCCUACCGGAUCUGGCAUCGCACGUGGCUUCCUGGGCGUGAUGGACACGGCCUGGUUGAUUCGCGGGUUUGGGCUCCAGAAGAGCGGACCCCUGCAACUGAUUGCUGAGAGAGAAAGCAUCUAUCGCCUUCUCGCCCAAGUGACCAACUACAACCUCCACAAGCAAAGCACAAAGUUCACGAUUGAUCCGAAGACGCGUUAUGUCUCGCUGGAGUACUCCAUGCGACCGGAGGACGUGAAAGAUAUCGUGGACACGGAUAAUCAGCGGAUCGUUGACAUAACUGAACCGAUCUUGAUCAACCGUCCCAACUGUGUCCAUGAUGAUCCUCAUCGCCUCGAAUACGCUAUCUGGCGCUUUUGCUACAUUGCUCUGGCUCCGUUCAAAUUGAAGUUCACCAACAUGGACUCGAGUUGGGCGGACGGCCUGGCGCUGGCGGCCCUCGUCGGAAAGUUCAAGCCGGCCUGCUUGGAUUACUUUGCUGUGCGCGCGCGUUCCGAAGAUCCUGUGGUUCGAACAGAGUACGUCUUCAAGCGUGUCCACGAGGUUCUGGAGAUCCCUCCCCCCUGCGAUGCGGCCGAUUGGAAAGACCUGAAGAAGGCAGAUAAGAUGGUCUUCAUCUCGAAGCUGAUCGCUUCCAUCCGCGCCGACAUCGGUAACGUCCAAUCGGUGCUCCUAACACCGAGAAGUGCUGCGAGCAAGCGGCCAAAAGCCCUCCCCGCCAGGUUCGACACCUCGAAAGCCAAAAAAUCUUCUGUUAUCGAAAACUUCCAAGUCCAAAUUCGCGAGAAAUGCGGCGUUGUCGUGCCGGCGCCAUUUGUCCCAACCUACAAACGCGAGGAAGCGGAAUGUGCCAAGCAAAUCUCUUUGGCUGAGCCGUCCGAGGAGAGAUAUGUCACGAAGCGCCCACAGGUGAGCCCGCUGGAUCCGGCCCUCGUUGACAAUGUGAAGCGAUUCUUUGACCAGGAGGACACUUCACCGGGAUCCACGACCCCGCACCUGAGAAGACUGAGGCCGGAAGAAGGCAAAGAUGACGACGGUUCCUUGAAGUUGCGACGAAAUAUCCGGUCGAAGGAAGCUGAUGACGUCAUCCUACGUGCAGAACAGCUGGUGCGCCGGAAAGAGCUGGCCGGUCUGAACACGGUGACGAGGAGGAAGACGCAGCAGAUCAUCUAUCCAAGCCCUGAAGUUCCUCUGCCGCAGCCUUCGACGGUGACAACGAUCAAGCAAGAUGGCUCUGUCGUUUUGCGGCCCGUCGCCCCUGUGCAGCCGAAACGUCAAGUUGUCUCAAUGCCCACCGUUGAUUCUCUAUACGAUUCCGUCAACCCGCGCCAAACAAAUUGUCAACUUUGUAGCAAGGUUGUCUACUUGGCGGAACGAUUACAUGUGGAAUCGAUGUAUGUACACCGGGGCUGCUUCAAGUGCGCCUACUGUGGUCAACCCCUGCGCGUCGGAGAAUGUGGGCAAGACCGCGAGCUCGAAAGCCAUUACCGCAACAAGUUCUUCUGCCGUGCUCAUCUACGCCUGUCGUUGCGCGAGAAGAUUGCCAAAAUCGAACGGAACGAGAAGCGGGCCCUCGACAAGCGCGCCUCGCAAGACGAAGGAUCGGCAUCGGAUUCAUCGAAAGAAAAUGUCGAACAAGCGCCGACUACUGGCCCCGAAACUGCUCCCGAUUCACCGCCGAUGCCUUCACUGGCGAAUGUGACCAUCAGGGUGCCAUCCAGGCCACCAGAGACGAGGACCACGUCCGUGCUCAACUUUUACGCGCAACGGGCUGGAGAGAGUGACUUUGAACCGAUGGAUUCUAGCGCGCUUGCCAGGCGAUUGCUUGCUUCGCCGAGCGACCCUGCUAAUUUAAAUUCAACACCAGAAAGGGCAGCGUUCGAUGCUCAAGAAGCCCCCAGAAAAGUAAAACAAGCCGUCGUGCUCAAUGACAGCGACACCGACGACGAAUACACCACCGGCUCCAGCAGCGGCAGCAGCUCGAGAGGGCGCGUGAACACGUUAAUCAGCGAAACUUCCAUCGAAUCGCCUGUUCGCUCCCGGUCUAGUACCAAGCAUUCUGAGCUCGAUUUGGCUUUCAUUGACGACGACGGUGAUCGUGGCGCGCUCGAUGAAUCCCUGUCGGAUGAUGGUCUAGAUGAAGAUGAUCAAGAAGUCUUGGAAAGGACGCUUUUGGAUGCAGAGUGCGACCCAAAAGUCACGUUGGCAACGAAAUUUACGGCCGAGGUCUUGCUUGAACGCAUAAACGAUUCUCGUCGGCAGUCGGUGAGACCCGGCAUCGGUCCUUCGUACUUCCCUUCAAACGCGGCCCAAAGUCACAACGAAGAAUACGGUACGCCAACCUCGACGCUAAAUACGCCGGUCCCCUACCUGGAACAAAUGCUCGCUGAUGCCCGGAUACGCGCUAGGGGGAUGAGCGACGAACAAUUGGGACUGAACAAUAGCACACCGCACCGUGGCAGGACGCGUAGCCCUAAUGGUCGUGAACGUGCCGUGACAACUGGCCAGCUAACGCACGACCCGGAGAUUCGCCGGCAUGCGUUCUCGACGGCUCGUGCCGACACAGCUCCUCCCGCCGACGAGCCUCCUCCACUACCGGCAGCUGAUCCGCCCCAAGAGCAUGCUUACUAUGGUUUCCCAUCGCCACGAAUGAGCAGCCGUUUCUUCAACAUUUCACCCACAGAACUCCACUCCGAAAGCCAGAAAGAGAAAGAGCUGCGCUCUCGACACACUUGGGAUCGAAUCAAGAAUCAGCGCGGCAGCCGUUCACCCCUUGGGAUUUCCACGCCCUCCAGCUCUCCUCUACCAACCGUUGCUGUAAACACGGCCGUCAUACCGCCAUCCCCUCGCCCUCCGCUUGAGAAGACGACCAUCUACGUGCCUGCCGUACCUUCGAGGGCUCCAACCCGCACCGAUUCCCCAGUCGCAAAAGACCCCAACGUUCCACUCUUGGCGCCAAACGACAGAAAUUUGCGAAGUGUGCAAAAGAGGGUUGAAAAGUACAAGCAACACCUUCACGACGAGCGCGGUCGAUCGGCGCAGGAGAUCCAGCGGCAGCUAGAAGAGACUGAGGUGCGCCUCGAAAAUAUUUCCAAGCGUGGACAAAUGCUCGAGACGACCUUGAAGACUGAUCCGACGAAUAUCAGCUUGCUUGCUGAGUGGCGAGCACUGACCCAAGAAAGACAGAUCCUGGAGGGCCGCGAAAAAGAUUUGCGUCUUCGCGUGCGAGAAGUGAUACUGGAUGAAAGGUACAGCGCUCUAAGGACUCUCGUCGCUGAGAAGAAUACCCCGGAAAAUGAUGCCACUGAAGUGCGCGAACGGCUUGAAGAAAUGCUGAAAGUGAUCGAUGAAAAGAAGCUCGUCAAGCAGCAGCUUGAUCAAGCAAAUGAGGAAUGGUGCGAGCGUCGUAAAGCGCCUAACCGCGAUUCGGCCACUCGAACUGCCGUCGACUUUCGCGAGUGUCUCCCGGUCUUUCUCCCAUCCUGUGUA